AUGAAGGAGCGGCGACGUACCCGAAGAACGCUGGUCUACUGUCUGUUCUUCGUGCUACUCUCGGGUGCUCUUGUAUUCAUCGCACCACUCCUGCUCCAAGAGGAUGCCGUCGACAAUAUCCCCCUCUCCUCUGCUUCGAGAGCGAAUCAUAACAACGACAUCUGUGGCAGGGCGAGUUCGUGUUUGGAUUGUCUGUUCCCCCCCAUCAGUGCGAGGUUCACAUCAGAUGUGCGCCGCUCAUCGCCCCACUGCUUUUGGUGCUCAGCGACAGAACGCUGUGUGCCGCGAGGGAGCCGCGAGGAUGUGUGCAUUGACAGCGAAGAGCAGUCGUGUCCAGCGGUGCUGCAUACCACAAUCCCAAAUGCAUUCCGCGUGGUGCACGUCGGGAUCCGCAAGGGCGGUCCGGAGGCCCUCAUUCAGCUGCACCUCGCGCUGAAUCGCUGGGGAUUCCGCACCACGCUUGACACUCGUCAGAAGGAGAAGGGAGGUGCGGUCGUCCCGUUCUUUCGAGAGAUGUACAAGGUGGCCUUUGCCCGCGCGCCGCCGUUACGUUGGUUCAGGAACUACGCGGCGUGGCAAAACGCUGCCGUCGAAGGCGAUGUGCUGAUCGCGACGGAAACGUGGCCAUGCCUUCAGAAGGACCAUCUUGCAGCUGGAGUGCGGCAGAUGCAGUGGCACUUAACGGUGUGGCCGCGCAGCGAUAGAUCACACUGCACAAUCGCAGGGCACACGAACUACCUGGCGAUGUCGUACAUGAAUCAGUCCAAGUUGGCAGUUCUCUACCCGUAUGUCUCUCCUCAUAUUGUGGAGCUGGCGCAGACUCGGUCUUCGUGGCGCGCGGCCAAGCGUCGCGGCACGAAAAAUCCACUGGUACUGUUUGACGCUGAUGUGAAGUUACGAGAAAACGACUUGAUGGGUCGCCAUGGUGUUGUAAGAGAUUUGAAACGAGCCACUGGCCUUGCCCCUGAGGAAUUAUACUCGCUCUACGGAGAGGCAAUGGCCGGUGUUGACCUGCAACUCCCAGGUGCGGAGCGAUUCGUAUUUGAGGCCGUGCUGUUUGAUGUGUGCGUCAUAGUGGACGACUCGCUGGUUGGUGGUUGCAAGGAUGAUGUGCCGGUUCCUGAAGCGUUUCGUGUUCCAGCAGGGGAUGUCGAUGCGCUGAACAACGCCAUAGAUCGAUGCAUUAGUGACUACGAUACUGUUAUGUCAGAGUUCAAGGAAAUGAAACAGUUCACUUUGCGGCAGAAAAAAACAUUUGAACGACAGGUACGACGGUAUUUUUCGAACAGUGUUCAUGUUGUGUCUUUGAUAUGUUCACAGGUGCAGUCCGAGUUGUACCUCGUCCGGUUUAUCCUUAAUAUUUUGCUCCACAUCCCUUUCGCCACAGUGGAGAUACGUCUUGGUGAAGGUGUCACAGGGUUAACGGAGCAGCAACAAAGCCACCUUCUGAAGCAGAGUUGGUUGGCAGCGGUUCGGUUUGUGCAUUUGGGCUCCAGGGAAACAGCAGAGGUGUGCCGCGUUAGCGGUGAAGUAACCGCUAACAAUCCUCAGAGGUACCAUGAGUCUGCGGUGCAGCUGGCAUACUCAAUUACCCUCCCCACUGGCAGCUCCAUCCUCAGCAACGCAAAUCGUACUUUGCUUGCACUCUUUGUCCCUAUCGAUGUUGUCAUUGUGAAUGAGGAAGCUGUGCACUAUAUCACCACCCAGCUCGCUUUGAUACAACGGCAACCUCUAGGUAAAAAUGAGUUCGCUCUCUUUCUUCUUGAUUCAUCAGACGUUGAAGUGGCGAACGUGCCACUGAUCGCAGUAUGGACUGCUGAUGCACCCUCACUCGUGUGUGGCCACAUGGUGAUUGGUGAUGUACCAUUGUUAGACAAAGCCUGUAGGCAAAAACAAUACUUGGCAGCGUCGGCGGGAGAGAGGGGUGUGCGCAAAGCGAUUGUUGUGCAUGACAGAGGUGAUGAUGUGGUGUUGGCCCGCUUUGCUCCUUCUAGUGGUGCCAAGGACAGGACUCUUCAGAUCGCGUGGGACUUCAUGUGCCUUCAUGCGCUUUGGAAAGACUUCGUGGGCGGCUGUUAA